GCAGUGAAGUUUCGAGUUAGACACUCUAAAAAGGUAAACGGAGUCACGUUUAGUUAUAAAUUAUUAAUCGAAGGCUGUUUGUAUUAUAAUUUUUAUAAUAUUGAACUUUGGGUGUGUUGUUUGUGCUGUGUGCAAUUGUAUUAGUUUUACACUUUGUUCGUAGAACGAAAAGAAUUUACAGCAAAAAUUGUGAUGUGGCUGGCAGCGCUAGCGGUUCUGUUAGCGGUGUGCUUGUAUCUCUUUUUGGAUACCCUCAAACCGAGAAAAUUCCCUCCCGGCCCGAAAUGGACACCGAUUCUUGGCUGCGCAAAGGAAGUUUACAAGCUUCGAGAAAAAACCGGCUACCUGUACAAAGCCGUUAGAGAAUUAUCUCUGACCUACUGCAAGGAGACUCCAGUACUAGGUUUGAGAAUAGGGAAAGACCGAAUCGUGAUGGUGAAUAGCUUGGAAGCAAACAAAGAGAUGUUAUUCAAUGAGGACAUCGACGGAAGACCGAAGGGAAUCUUUUAUCAAACCAGAACGUGGGGAGAACGACGAGGUGUCUUGUUAACAGACGGGGAACUGUGGAAGGAGCAGAGGCGCUUCCUCAUCAAGCACCUUAAAGAAUUCGGCUUUGGCAGAUCCGGUAUGGGCGAGACAGCGAAACUGGAAGCCGAGCACAUAGUCAUCGACGUAAUGCACAUGAUCGGCGACAGGGGAUCAGCCGUUAUACAAAUGCACAACUUCUUCAACGUUUAUAUUCUGAAUACUCUAUGGACGAUGAUGGCCGGGAAUAGGUACAAUCCAAGCGACCCACAGAUGAAGAUCCUUCAAAGCAUGCUGUUCGAUUUGUUCGCAGCCGUCGACAUGGUCGGUACAGCCUUCAGUCACUUCCCGAUAUUGAGCAUCGUAGCACCGACCUUAUCCGGUUAUAGAAAUUUCAUUAAAACGCAUAAGAGAAUCUGGAAGUUCUUGAGAGAAGAACUAGCGAGACAUAAAGACAGUUUUCAGCCAGAUAAAGAGGAUAAGGACUUUAUGGAUGUGUACAUAAGGGCUUUGCGUGAGCACGGAGAAGUGAACACGUAUUCCGAGGGACAGCUCGUGGCCAUGUGCAUGGACAUGUUCAUGGCGGGCACGGAGACGACCAGCAAGAGUAUGAGCUUCUGCUUCAGCUAUCUCGUUAGAGAGCAGGAAGUCCAAAGGAAAGCUCAGGAGGAAAUUGACAGGGUUGUAGGAAAAGAUCGGGUACCGAGCGUGAACGAUAGGCCUAACAUGCCCUAUAACGAAGCAAUAGUCCAUGAGUGUGUCAGACACUUUAUGGGACGUACCUUCGGUGUACCGCAUCGGGCUCUACGAGACACCACUUUAGCUGGAUGCCAUAUACCUGAGGACACAAUGGUAGUCAGUAACUACACGAACAUUCUACUUGACGAGAACUACUUCCCGGAGCCGUAUUCCUUCAAGCCUGAGAGGUUCCUGGUAAACGGGAGGGUCAGUCUGCCUGACCACUACUUUCCCUUCGGUCUUGCGAAGCAUCGCUGCAUGGGCGAUGCAUUAGCCAAGUGCAAUAUCUUCGUUUUCACUACUACAAUGCUGCAGAGGUUCUCGCUGGUGCCUGUACCGGGGGAAGGUCUGCCGUCCUUGGAUCAUAUGGACGGAGCCACUCCUUCAGCAGCGCCGUUUAAGGCUUUAGUUAUACCACGAAUUUGAGAUAAUUUUAGAAUUUUUAAUUUUAAUUUUCAUUAACCCCAUAACCAUUGGGAGUGGUAUUUUGAUUAUGGUAACUUUGAAAAGUAUUUCUCAAAUUUUAAUGUAAAAAAGGGGAAGAAUAAUUUUAAGGGUUUUGUACUUGUAGUCUCUUUUGAAAUCAACAAGUUGAGCUGUCGAUACCGAGGUUAUUUGAGAUGACAUCAUGAUCUCCAUAAGCCACCCACCACUGGACUAGACUUGACCUUCGUCUUAUCCAAAUUGAAUGAAUUUCCCUCGACGAAGAUCCCAUUCUCUUUUAUUGUUCAAACAGUGAAAGAAAAGGCAAGAAGCUAUUCCGAGAGAAAUACGUCAACGUUAUUAGACUUAUUAGUUACGGCAAUAGGUCUCAUAUGUGGCGGUACCUACAAUAGUUCAAAUUCAAAUUCAAAAUCAUUUAUUUCAACUUAGAUGUCAGUAUAUGACACUUGUUGAAUGUCAAAAUAUAAAUAACAAUGUUAACUCUACCACCGGUUCCAAAAAAAGCCACAGUCCUGAGAAGAACCGGCGAAACAAACUCAGCGGGCUUUUUUUUUGUUUUUUCUCUAAUAUAUAUUUUUUUUAAAAUAAGUAACAAUAAUUGCAAUAAACGAAAAAACAAGUCAAAAAAUACAAUUACAAAAUAAUAAUAAUAAUGAAAAAUGAAAAGGCCAGGAGCGAACGCCUCAUUCCCACGUAGUGCCAUCUAUAUAGUAGAUAAUCCUUAACUUUAUAAUAUGCCUUGUUGCACAAACGUUCCUUGACAGUUUUCUUAAAUCUAUGAACAGGUAGUAAUUGAACGUUUAAUGGGAUCUUGUUGAAAAGUUGUACACUCAGCUCCCUAAAAGAGUUGCUUAUUUUCUUAAUUCGAACCGCCGGCAACGCAAGCCUAUGUUUGUUCCUAGUGUUCACAUUAUGCAAAUCGCAGACUCUGGGGAAUUCUUCAAUGUUUUUACGCACGUACAAUAAAAUUUCAAAAAUGUAUUGGGACGCUAAAGUUAGAAUUUUUAUUUCCUUAAACUUGUCCCUCAAGGAUUCCCUCGGGUGUAUAUUAUAAAUAGCACGAAUAGCCCUCUUCCGCAAGAUGAAAAUCGUUUCGACAUCGGCAGCAUUGCCCCAUAGCAAAAUGCCAUAGGACAUAACACUAUGAAAAUAACUGAAAUAAACCAGACGUGCCGUAUCUUCAUUAGUAUACGUUCGUAUUUUUUUACCGCAAACGCUGCAGAACUAAGUCUACUCGCUAACUUGCAUAUAUGAGGACUGCAGCUUGGAAUCAACUGUUAUACCAAGAAAAA